AUGGCCAAACAAAAUGAUUCCACAGUGACUGAAUUUGUCCUUGAGGGACUGAUGCACAAGACAGAACUCCAGCUACUCCUCUUCCUCUUGUUCGUGGGGAUCUAUGGGGUCACUGUAGUAGGAAACCUGGGUAUGAUCUUCCUCAUCAUUUUCAGUUCCAAGCUCCAAUCUCCCAUGUACUUUUUUCUGGGUAAUUUGUCAGCCAUAGAUCUCAUUUAUUCUUCAGUUGUUACCCCUAAACUCCUGGGAAACUUUGUUUUGGAACGAAAUGUUAUUUCCUACCCUGGAUGUAUGGCACAACUGCUUUUCUUUUGUAUUUUUGCUACUGCUGAAUUCUAUAUGCUGACUGUUAUGGCAUACAAUAGAUAUGUAGCUAUCUGUCAACCACUGCUCUACAAUGUCACCAUGUCUCAAAAGGUCUGCAGCAUGCUAGUGAGUGGAGCCUAUAUUGUGGCAACCCUUGGAGGUAUGCCCCAUACAGUAUUCAUGACCAGGCUUUCCUUCUGUAGUGACAAUAUCAUCCACCAUUAUUUCUGUGACAUAAUUCCUCUCCUAAACCUCUCAUGCUCCAGUACUUCCAUCAAUGAGCUUCUGGUGAUAUUUCUGGGUGGAUUUAAUGUUUUAGCAACAACUGUGCCCAUCUUCAUUUCUUAUGCCUUCAUACUCUCCAACAUACUUUGCAUACCCUCAGCUGAGGGCAAGUCCAAGGCAUUUAGUACCUGUGGCUCUCAUCUUACAGUUGUUGUUUUUUUUUUGGGAUCCAUCAUGUUCAUGUAUUUUAAACGAGCAACCAGCAGCAGUAUGGCCCAAGAGAAGGUGGCCUCUGUGUUCUACACCUCAGUCAUUCCUAUGCUGAACCCUUUUAUCUAUAGCUUUAGAAAUAAGGAUGUAAAGACUGUGCUGAGCAAAGCCAUGAGUAUUUGUUAA